GACUGUAAGGUAAUAUUGGUGGAAUUUUCAGAGUCAACCACGGCCUUGCGAUGUGUCCUGUAUUUUUUCCCUUUUGAUUAUUCCUUUUCCUGUCAACGUUCUUCUUGAAGUUUUCUCUCAUUUCAAACUAGACUUUACAUGUACUAUUGCAGUGAAGACGUGACAAUGCCUGUUCGGCAAUACAAGCUGCAGAGAAACCUGACAACAAACGUGACUGUUCAGCCUGGCGUGACAUCCCGUGAACCGGUCCAGGCGUCUGUCUCUCUUUCACCCGACCCCACAUGGACCUUUAACGCCCAAGCGGUGCAAGAUCUAAGGAAAUCUACCUCGAGACUACACCCUGACGUAUUCCUUGAGAGAAGCACGUUGGGGAAUACGAAGGAAAAACCUCCACCGACCUGUAAUGUUACAACGAAACGCAGCAACACCACAGUGUGCCCAUCACAACACAACGUCGGUCAUUACCGAACAUGUGCUGUUGUGGGCAACAGCGGCAUACUCCUGGGGAGCGAUUGCGGUCCCGCCAUCGACUCCAAAGACUACAUCAUACGGAUAGACCUCCCGGCUGUGAAGGGGUUUGAAAGAGACGUUGGACGGAGGACAAACAUGACAGUUUUGAACAUGAGCACGCCAAAGCGACUUGAAACCUCGUCACAGAUGACGAACCGGAGUCAGGAUGUGUACAAGAGUCGUUUGCAGAACAUCGACGGUUCAGUUUUAGUGGCAGACAGACUGUCCGUGGGUAAACUAAGGAGGGCUCUCAUGAAGUACCGACUGUCCUUCGUCUUGUUCAUCAGUUCAAAGAGGCUGAAAAUGGGUAGUGGAGUUCGCAGUGUGGCGUCUGGAAUAUCCGGGAAACGCUCUGUCGGAAGUCCGUCCACUGGCCUUGUCACUGUGUUCAUGGCUAGCACUUUUUGUGACCAGCUCCAUCUGUACGGCUUCUUCCCUUUCCAACGGGAUGAGAAGAAGAGACCCGUGCCCUACCACUACUACCCGGGCGAUUCCGUCAAGCCGAUCCUCCAGGCUGGAAAGCACCACAUGAGUAACGAGUACAAUUUGUACAAGAAGUUACAGAAACGGGGCGUUUUGAAGCUUCAAGUUGGGAAGUGUGGAAAACAGUGAAAAUUCUACAUCUCUCGCAACACUACAUCUCGACUUUUGGGACAAGGCUAAAAAAACAGCCAAAGGAAGCUGCACAAGACCAAUGCCAUUAGGUACACAAGAUGAUGAAUGUUUUUUCUUGCAAUUGUGUUGGAACAAAGCUUUUAACUGUUCAACUAUGGUUUCUACCAACGCAGAUGAGUCUUCAUUCGAAGAUCUCGUUAAUAGCAUGUACUAAAAGAAGAGAAAAAAAUCCCCAGUGACGGACCACAUUGCUAGAAGCAACUGUGUGUUUAGCUGGGCAAGGAAAUAGACAAGAUAACAGUCGUAUUCGGUGGAUCAAGGAGGUGGUCUGGACAAGAAAGUCAACCAUUGCAUCAUCAUGGAUAGAUUGUUCAGCUUCUUCUUCUUUCACAAAAUAGGACUGAAAUUUGGAUGCGGAAAAUGCGGAUGCGUAGUACGCGGAUGUUGUCCAUAAUAUCAAGUCUGGGUGGUAUGCAACCCAAAUGAUCAACAUUCUUAGUGUACAUAUACAUGUAUAAUCAGUUAGAUAUCUGUUUUUACAAUGCACUAACGUUACGUUAACGUUGUCACACGCUCUUUCCAACUGUCUUAUCGUUCGUUUUUGUGUGCAACUUAGCCUGAUCUUCAUUCGCGCACACAUCAGAGUUGCUGGGAGAGAAUAAAGUCUGUGUAACAAAACUAUUCCCGUUUCUAUUCAUAUAGAGCCGUACUUAAGGAUCAUAAGGUUCUUUGAUCUGUCAAUAAUACUAUACAUACAUUUAUAUAUGGGACGUAUAAAAGUAUGUAUGUGUGUGUGUGUGUGAGCGUACAUGUGUGUGUGUUUGCAUGUAACGUUACGUGGCUGUGAGUGCAAGUGCAAGUAAAUCUCAAAAUUAUCAUCUUCACUCUUUUUCAAUUAACUUGAAUGCCUCAUUCAGUAAAAACAGCCCCUUUAUUGUAUGUUCGGUACAUAUCAUAUUACAACAUAUUAAGCAUUUACACUGUAAUGCAACUUCCCGUAGUAAUAAGCCUGAAGUACAUGUAUUUUUCAAUGUUUAUAAAUUCAACUUUACAAAUUGUUUCAUUGCUGCAUCCAUGCAGUAUUCCAUUCUCAUACAAAUUAUAA